CAGCUCAGGACGCUGCGGGACGGGACUCGUCGUCAGCCCUGGGCUUCUUGUCUUUGUGACCCCGCUUUGAUUGACAGUUUGCAAGCUGGGCCCCAAUGGCCGGUGGGAGGCGGGGGAGCCUCUGACUCACCUGAUGCCCGCCCCCCGCCCCCAGUCGGCAGUGGCCUCCCGGCUCUGAGCAUCUCCACUCCGAUCCUGCUGCAGUGCCAGCGGCUCGGGCAUGUAGGAAAAGGGACAUUGGACCUGAGAUGCUGGGCAGGAAGCCCGGUGGGAAGUGCUGCCUGCAAAGCCAGGUCAACCUCGCAGGGCGGUGUGAGCUCUGGGUCAGGAUGGAGCAAAUCCACGAAGGGGUGAGAGACCCAGGCAGGUUUUUACAGCAGUGCAUCCCUCGGCCCCUGGAUGCGAAGUGGGUAGAGGUGGGUGGGAUGGAAUUAGAAGGGGUGAGGAUGUAAACCUCUCAGCGAACUGUCCACAGAACUUGGCGCCUUUUGCAGAAUGAAGAAGAAAGAGAAGAGUGGGGAAGCAUUUCCAAUUUCCUAGUCUAGCAUGUGUACUUGGAAAUUGGAGAUGUCAAAAUCUAGUUGAGGCGCAAGAAAACAAAGCAGUUUAUUUUUGAAGGGAGAGCAACUGAAAGCAGUCAUUCAGGUUUCAUUGAGACAUCCUUAGUGAUGUUGACAUGUUUCAAGUGACAUAAAUUAGCCAAUGACUCGGAAUGAUGGAUUUCCCGAAGAUUGGAAAUGGUUUGCCUCUGAUGGGACCAGGGACUGAUAUAGGGAUAUCUUCACUCCACAUGGUGGGGUAUUUGGGAAAAAAUUAUGACUCAGCUAAAGUUCCAUCAGACGGAUAUUGUCCUGCUUGUAGAGAGAAGGGAAAGUUAAAAGCUUUAAAGACUUACCGAAUCAGUUUUCAAGAAUCUAUCUUCUUAUGUGAGGAUCUGCAGUGUAUCUAUCCUUUGGGCUAUAAGUCACCUAAUAAUUUAAUUUCUCCUGAUGUGGAAGGUUGUCAUACUCUAAGUAAACCCCAGAAAAGAAAAAUCUCAGAAGCUAACUGUAAAGAUUCACUUCUUUUGGCAAAAUCCAAAAAAACUAAAAGUCAUGCUGUUCUUGAUGGUGAAAAGUCUUUGCACAGCAAGCAUAAUGAAGAAGCAUCUGAUGAAAUGUCAUCAUUUUCACUCGACUUACUACAUGAUAGUCAACAGAAUUCAGUUAGGACAGCUGAUUCCCUGGAGCCGAAUGAGAUUUUGGAAGAUGAUGUUAAUGACAUGGCUACUGAGCAAAACCUUACUUCAGCUGAUGUUGCUAAAACUGGAGGGAUUUCCUCUCCAUGUGAAGGCUGCACAUCGGAACUGGGGGUGCCACUGGAGAGCACAUCAUUCUGCCGGACUCCGCAUGUUCAGUGGAGAAAUGCAUAUGCUCUCUGUUGGCUAGACUGUAUCCUGUCAGUAUUGGUGCACUUGGAAGGGCUGAAAAGCAUUGUGACUGACUUGUGCUCUGAAGAUUCUGUGUUCUGGAGGCUGUUUACAAAAUAUAAUCAGACCAAUAAACUUCUGCACACCAGUCAAGUGAAUGGAGUUAAAGGUGAAUAUUGUAAAAAACUCAAUAAAGAAAUAAUGGCAAAAAUAGAUACCUCGUUAAAUGAAGUCAGAGAUGAGAUUUUUCUUAGACUUCAACCUCAACUUAGAUGCACGUUAGGUGAUAUGGAAAGUCCUGUAUUUGCAUUCCCCCUGCUUUUAAAAACAGAACCCCACAUUGAAAAGUUCUUCAUGUAUUCUUAUUCCUGGAACUUUGAAUGUUCUCAGUGUGGACACAAGUAUCAAAACAGAUGCAUGAAGAAUCUGGUCACUUUUACAAACGUCACCCCUGAGUGGCAUCCACUUAAUGCUGCCCACUUUGGCCCAUGUAACAAAUGCAACAAUAAGCGGCAAAUAAGAAAAAUGAUACUGGAAAAAGUAUCUUCCAUGUUUAUGUUGCACUUUGUAGAUGGCUUACCACAUAAUGACCUGCAGUGCUAUUCAUUUGAAUUUGAAGACUGUCAUUACCAAGUAACUUCUGUAAUUCAAUACCAAGCAAAUAAUCAUUUUAUAACAUGGGUUUUAGAUACUGAUGGAAGUUGGCUAGAAUGUGAUGACUUAAAAGGCCCAUGUUCUGAAAGGCAUGAGAAAUUCGAGGUCCCUGCUUCAGAGGUACAUAUUGUUAUUUGGGAAAGGAAAAUACCUCAAAUGAUAGAUAAGGCUACUGUUGACCUUCCACUUAAAAAGACUAAUAAUGAUCAUCAUGCUUUUGAGAAUGAAAAACAACGAUCAUCACCAUCGUGUCCCGUUGGUGAUGCUGCUUCAGCUGAAACAUCCCCAGGGCCUCACCCCACAAAUGUGUCAGUUGCUCCUAAUACUCUUUGCCAAGAUGACGCGACAGCUUGCGGAGAUCAUAUGCCUUCAGGUCCAAAAGGUUUAGUUCAUGAUAAUAUUUUACUCUUGACAUUUGAAGACAUAGCCAAUAAUUCCAAAGGCCUCCCAUUAGAAAACAAACCUGUAGCAGUAAAUGUAGAAGCUGUCAGAACAAGUACUUUGAAAUCACAAGAGUCACAAGUGACUUCUGCAGUAUCGCCUCCAUGCAAGUUAAAGUGUACCCAAGAUCAAUUUGUGAAUUUAAUCUUUCCAUCUCAAAUUGUAAACACAAAUAUGAACGUGGUACAGUUGAAUAAAGAAGAUACUGUAAUUACUCAGCCUGUGAAUAGUAGUCCAGCAACUGUUUCUAUGCAGCUUGUGAUCAGUCAUCCUGCUACCGUUCCUGUACAACCUAUGAAUAGUAGUCCUGCUACUGUUCCUAUGCAGCCUGUGAUCAGUCAUCAUGCUACUGUUCCUAUGCAGCCUGUGAUCAGUCAGCCUGCUACCGAUCCUGUACAACCUGUGAAUAGUGGUCCUGCUACUGUUCCUGUGCAGCCUGUGAAUAGUAGUCCUGCUACUGUUCCUAUGCAGCCUGUGAUCAGUCAUCCUGCUACUGUUCCUGUGCAGCCUGUGAAUAGUAGUCCUGCUACUGUUCCUAUACAGCCUGUGAAUAGUAGUCCUGGUACUGUUCCUGUGCAGCCUGUGAAUAGUAGUCCUGGUACUGUUCCUGUGCAGCCUGUGAAUAGUAGUCCUGCCACUGUUCCUGUGCAGCCUGUGAAUAGUAGUCCUGCUAUUGUUCCUGUGCAGCCUGUGAUCAGUCAUCCUGCUACUGUUCCUGUGCAGCCUGUGAUCAGUCAUCCUGCUACUGUUCCUAUGCAGCCUGUGAAUAGUAGUCCUGCUACUGUUCCUAUGCAGCCUGUGAAUAGUAGUCCUGCUACUGUUCCUAUGCAGCCUGUGAAUAGUAGUCCUGCUACUGUUCCUAUGCAGCCUGUGAAUAGUAUUCCUGUUACUGUUCCUGUGCAGCCUGUGAAUAGUAGUCCUGCCACUGUUCCUAUGCAGCUUGUGAUCAGUCAUCCUGCUACUAUUCCUAUACAGCCUGUGAAUAGUAUUCCUGUUACUGUUCCUGUGCAGCCUGUGAAUAGUAUUCCUGCUACUGUUCCUGUGCAGCCUGUGAAUAGUAGUCCUGCUACUGUUCCUAUACAGCCUGUGAUCAGUCAUCCUGCUACUGUUCCUGUGCAGCCUGUGAAUAGUAGUCCUGCUACUGUUUCUGUGCAGCCUGUGAAUAGUAGUCCUGCUACUGUUUCUAUGCAGCCUGUGAAUAGUAGUCCUGCUACUGUUCCUAUACAGCCUGUGAAUAGUAGUCCUGCUACUGUUCCUGUGCAGCCUGUGAAUAGUAGUCCUGUUAAUGUUCUUACACAGGGAGUAAAAGUAUCUGAAGCUAUGAGUACAGUUGUGUUUGACAAGAAUGCUCCAUUAAAACAAUUCCUUUCUCCAAAAACUGAGAAAUUAAAACCAGAACCUGUGACAUCUCUGCUGUUGAAUAUGAAGAAAAAAGAAACAGCAGCAUCUUCUCACAUCACAGCAGCUAAGCCAUUACAGAAUCCAUCUCUUACGGAAAAUCAGAAGAAACCAUUUGUGGGUAGUUGGGUUAAAGGCUUAUUAAGCAGGGGUGCUUCUUUUAUGCCACCUUGUGUUUCAGCUCUUAAUAGAAAUACUGUGACUGAUUGGCAACCUUCAGUGAAGGGAGCAAGUAAUUUUGGUGGCUUUAAAAGUAAAAGAAUAAACCAAAAAGGCAACAGAUCGACUAAGAAGGCUCAUAAAUGUGCAGAUAAACCUCCAGUAACUAACUCUUUACCAGAUAACGUGACUCAUCCAUAUACUGAUAAUGUUGAGCUGCAAGUUUUGAAGAAAAGUGAAAAUGUCUCCCAUGGAUCUCAACUCACUCACAUUUCUUAUGAAAAUGGUGGCUUUUCAGCAAACCAUGAAGACACUGGUGAGAGUCACAUACAUAAACUUCGUCUGAAACUUCUUAAAAAACUAAAGGCAAAGAAGAAAAAACUAGCUGCUCUUCCAUCUUCCUCCCAAAAUGGAAUGCUUCCCAGUGAAAAUUUAGAAAGUGUGUCUCAUUGUGGUUCUCCAAAUGAUUGUGAAUCAAUAGACGACUUGUUAAAGGAACUACAAUAUCAAAUUGACAAUGCUGGUAAUAAAUCUGGGUGUACCACAGUUCCUGGUGUUUCUCCAGACAGUAGUGAAACUCAUGAACAAAUUUUAGCAGAAUUACUGUCUCCUGCCACUGUUACUUCAACGGAGCUCUCAGAAAAUGGGGAGGCUGAUGUUAGGUAUUUGGAAGUGGGAGAUAACCACAUCCCAGUACCAGUACCCAGCGAAUUAAGUGUCAUUCCCCAAAGCACAUAUCUGAGACAGGACCAUAAUUACUGUAGCCCUACCAAGAAAAAUCAAUGUGAAGUUCAGCCAGACUCACUAGCAGAUAAUGCUUCUGUUAAAACAUUGAACUUGGAAAGUUCCAUGAAAAUGGAUAUUUUCGAUGAGUUUUUUUCCACUUCGGCACUAAAUUAUUUAGCAGAUGGCACCUUAGACUUACCUCAUUUUGAUGAGUAUCUGUUUGACAGUUGAGUGUUUGAUAACUUUUUUAGUUUAAUAUUUAUUAUCACUCUUGGGCAAAUGUACUAUUUUUUUAAGGUAGUGUUUAUAGUAUUGUCAUGAACAAAAUGUAAACUACUAAAGGUUUUGCUUCUGACUGCUUGCAAAGUAAUCUUUCAUAAAUUAAAUGAUUAGGAAUUUGUUCUUGUUGGCUUCAUUUUUUACACACAAGACCAGUGAAGAUAGCAAAAUGUAAAAGAAGGAAGGUGCUUUCUUUCUGGUAAUCUAUACCAUUGGGUACAUUAAAUUUUUACACCAUAACUUUUGGUUAUGCUCAGAAGAAAACAUUACUUUGAAUAAACUCAAACCACUGU